CUCGUCCGUCGCAAUCCAGUGCAGAUAUACGUGCAAUUACCCUGUCAACAGUGCUUAAAAUCCUCGCGUUCGUGCUCGUGCCGCGCUCUCCUCGUUGGCACACGCGGUGAUCGAUAACGCUUCGCCGACGAGCCGCCGUCGAUCAUCGGACACGUCGCGAUCGACGCGCGUAAGGAGAGAAGAAGGUGGAAAAAAAGGAGCAAAGGGAGAUAGACGCGCGCGGGACGUGGAAGCGGCAGCCGGGGGAAAGUUUUUCCGAGCACGCGGCGCGCGCGAAGAGGAUAAAUCCCGACGCCCGACGCCCCGGUGAUUUGAAUUCGACCGUUUUCCGGCCGUCCGCGUCGCGAGAGACCGGAGUUGAUUCGGCGUGAAGUUUGCCGCGAGAUCUCCGGCGGACGGUGAGUACCGCGGCGCGCGUCAGUCCGGCCAGUACGCGCGACACGAGUGGCAACUUUUUCGAGACUUCAUCCACCGCGCCGGUUCUACGAUUCGCGACGAUUCGUUCGAACGAACGAACGAGUGAUUUGCGACCCAGCGAGGGUCAGAGGGGAAGAGCCGUGGCCGUGCGAGAGCGAAGCAGAUGUGGUGCCGGGUAGUUGUUUCGCUACGCAGUUCCGUUCACGCGACCUGACUGCCGCCGCGAGUGGUGGAUCCUGAGUGUCUGUGAGACCGCGAGUCCGCGGAUGGUUGAUCGUCGUGGGACCGCCGGACCUUCCGUACGCGCCGUCAAGAUGAAGACUUGCCACCUGUGGCUAGAAGCGGCCGUCGCUCUCCUGGCGAUAACAGGUGCGAGCUGUCUGCGGGAGGUCAGCCUAGAGAUGGUUCCGGAAGUGGUGCAACGUGGCGACAAGGUGAUUCUGCGGUGCCAUUAUGAUCUGGAGAAUGCGCCACUCUACUCCCUCAAGUGGUACCGGGGCAAGCACGAGUUCUACCGAUUCUCGCCCACCGAGGAACCAUCCACCAAAGUCUUCAACAUUUCUGGGAUUAAUGUCGACUCCGACAACUCGAACGAGAGCCAAGUAACGCUUCGCAAUGUCGACUUUGGCCUCUCGGGUACAUUCAUCUGCGAAGUUACGGCAGACGCGCCGACCUUCUCCACGGCCUCCGUCUCGAAGAAUCUCACCGUAGUAUUUCUGCCCCGUGAAGAGCCCGUUAUCGUAUCGGAACGCGAUCGCUACGACCCGGGAGACAUGUUGAGGGCAAAUUGCAGCUUGCCACCCUCCAAGCCACCGGUUCACCUCUCAUUCACGCUCAACAGCAGGCCGGUGGAGACGACCGCGAGGCAACAGCGGACGAAGGACGACGAGGGGACGCAGUGGAGCGAGAUCAGUCUUACUCUUCAGCCGUUCCAUUACACGAACGGACGUUUGAACCUACGUUGCAUCGCGCACAUACCCGGCAUAUACACAAGGCAGAGCGAGCUCCAUCUCCUUUCGGGUAUGCGCGAGCCAGUGCCCGAAAGAGUAACCUCAGAGAACGGAAGCGGUGGCAUGCACACAAUGACGUUUGUGACAAUACUCUGCCUGGGCACGCUCCAUCUGCUUCUGAGAUAGUCACGGCACGCCUGAGACCACGAAAAGGGAGCUCACGGGCGUCGCAUGAUAAAUAGCACACUAGUCAGCGGGAGACGAGGCUGGAGGAAGAGACGAUGGAGGCAGGGUUUAAGGACCGCGUAUGGACGGCGCAGAAACAAAUAAUAUUAUUCAAUCAAUAUAUGAUUAUAUUUAAGUGUUUUCUUUUUGUUCUCUGUAGUGGAUUAAGUUAUUGAUUUUUUUCUCUCUGAACGGGUCAGGAUCGUGAAUUCUGCAUGUUCCCUGUUUGCAACCCCCCGUUGACAGCAGCGCGAUGUCAAUUUUCGGUGAACCAUUUUGUGAGCAGCACUGCCAAUUAUAAUCAGAAUCAAAAGGACACGACGUGUUUAACAUGUGAUACUUUUGCCGACCGUGAGAUCGUCGACCGUUACCGUUAUGUACUUUACGACCGUGUCUUUUGUAUAACUCGUUAUUUUGUAAGACGGUGCCGGUACGCACGGAUUGUUUUUCGUUUGUCCUUUCGCGUGGUAUAUGGAGGAGCAAGAGAGAACAGCGAGGCUCGCGUUGUCAGUCAAGGGUGUGUCCCUAGAUACACUCUGGAUUGGAUCGUGACCAGUGGAGAAACAGAUAAUCGGAUGAAGGAUUGUCGUAGCCAAAUCCGCCGUUGGGGGAGAUUCGCCGUGACGCAAAAUUUAUACGGCAGAAUCGAGAAGCGUAGCCAAUUAGUCGCGUCUGAUUACCGUUACGACGUUCAGGUUGACAUUUGACGAGUAAUGAACCGUAAAGGAUUUGCCCAAAAGUAGAACGACAGCGAGGAAAGAAGGGAAGGGAUAGGACUUUGAAGUCGAUUGCACGUAUACGUGUAUAGGUGCUUGUACAGCCCGCCUCUGAAAGAUUUGCGAUCCUUGCCGCGAGAGAAAGAGUUCGAAAGAGAGAGAGAGAGAGAAAAUGUGUGUAUGUGUGCGCGCGUGUGUACGAGUGAACGAGAGAGUGAGAGACGUUCUCUUCCGCUACCACUGACGAGAGAAGAGAGCCAAGCCGUAGAGAUCGCACAAAGGAAGAGGCACGGAUAAAGCGGCGCGAAAAGUUUUCGCAUACCGAGAGGGAAAGAGAGCGCGAGCUCUCUCCCGUUCCGCGAAAUCGUACCGCUCUUCCGUGUACCCCGGCAACAACGCACUCGAUGCGCACUCGAAUAUCUCCCCGUUACACUCGCCAAGGAUGGCGAUUCGAGUCCAUUCGUCCAUUGUCCAAACGCUCCCGGGCUCGGCUGCAUAGGCGGAAUCAAUGUCGCGAAUUUUCGAAGCGGAGGGCUCUGGACGCGCACGCGGGAUCAGACUGCUAGUUCUUCUUUUUUUCUACCUUUUUUUUGCUAAGUUCCCCCGUUUUCGCGUUCUAUGUACGAAGCUACGAGAACAACGUAGUUGCUAUUACUGCCGUUGCUGUUGCUACCGCCGCGGAAGAACUCGGCCGUAGACGAGCAGUUACAUGUACUUACGCCAAUUGUUAGUGUUCGACCGCUCUCCAACGAGUUUGUUGUUCGCUCUUUAAUGACGCCGUGCCAAAGAGAUACUUCCGAUCGGACUGUUUUAUCUUUCGUAUUUUUUUAAACGCGACAAGAGAUACGUGUUCCGUUCUCGCUGCUUUAAUACUCUCUCUCUUCUUGGACUUUGAAAACGUACCGUUGUAACUGGACGACGCGUUUUAUCGAUCUCCGACGACCGCAACGCUGAAUCCUCGUGUUAAAACUAGCUGCAGGUGUACGACGUCGUCGGGCAUAUAAUCGUGAGACAGGCUCCGUUUCGAGGGCUCGAUUUAUCGAAGGAGAUAGAGGAAAGCGCGGAGAUAGAGGCGCGUUGGAAAAGACGGCACGAACGUUGCGUUUUUCAUUCUCCCACCGCCUGCCUCCUCUUUAUUAAACGGACGAUAAACCUCGUGGACGAUUCCGCGCGUCUAUAAGCCGGCAGCUAUAUACGCGCAGCUUGUUCCUCCAUCCCGAACACAGAAAUCGUCCGUAUUAACCCCCCUAUCCCACCCUCGGGGUAGAACGUCUCUUCCUCUCUUCCUUCCAGCUUUCGCUCCCUUCCCGCGCGCACACCACAGCAUUUGGCACGUUCGCGACCGCUUACAAAUCUUCGCGAAGUAAUGCGUAUCGGCGUGAAACUGCACGGAAGGCAUCGCGCGGAGCUACAGCCCUUAUUUCUCAUGCAAGCGAAUUCACCGAUGCCUCCUGCCUGCCUGGUACGCUAAAUCGCGCCAAAUCGUAGGGCCGGACGUGCUAAUAUUCCGCGCGAAAAUCGACACUGUCGGUAUCUUCUUGGACGAAGUGCGUUUUUUGAAAGUUGUAGAGUUAAUAAUUUAUGGCCAUAAUCGUUAAGUUUUAAUUUGAAUGCGGAAGCAGAGUAGAUACGGUUUUUACAAGUUGUGUUAUUGACAUCUUGUUUUUAGAUGUUUUUUUUUUUUAAUUUAUAUAGUUAGGGCACGAAGAAGUAUAACUCUUUGUAAAUGAAUGUGUCAAAUGCGCUAAUGGGUAAUUUUGUGGAAGCUUUAUUCGCGAAUAAAAUAUAACGUAGACAAGACAAUUUUUUGGAGAACAGUUAAUCUUUGCGAGCGCAGUUUGUUUUUAUAAAUGAAUAGACGAGGUAAAAACCCGAUUUACUAUACAAGGUUUGCCGAUAUAUACAAAGAAGUUACAACUUCUUAAUAUAAGUUAGAAAUAAGAUAAAUAGAAAUAUUUUUGUUAAGUCGGAUUUUAAAUUCUAUUUAAGUGUCUUCAAUUUUAAGAGAUCUUUUAUGUCAUUACAAUAUUGUUUUUCAGCAUUACUAUUUAGUUCAUGUAAAUACUUAUUUUUAACAAGCAAAAUAAACUAUUGCAUGAACUACUG